AUGUUUUCCAGGUACCUGGGAAUCACUCGACCGUUGACCUACCCGGUGAGACAAGACGGGAAACUGAUGGCUAAGAUGGUCUUCGUGGUUUGGCUCCUUUCUGCUUCCAUCACUCUCCCUCCCUUGUUCGGCUGGGCCAAGAACGUCACGGUGGACUGUGUGUGUCUCAUCAGCCAGGAUGUUGGCUACACCAUCUACUCCACCGGCGUGGCCUUCUACAUCCCCACGACUGUUAUGCUGGUCAUGUACCACAGGAUCUACCAAGCGGCCAAAGCCAGCGCUCGGAAACACCGGUUCGUGGACUUCCCGAGGCCUCACCCCCGGGACCGUAUCUCCUGCGUAGACUCCGGCGUACGGCCGUCACGGAGCGUCAAACGCAGCCAGGCCGCCAAGGAGUGUGCCACGUUGUCCAAGUUCCUUCAGGAGGACCACAAGAACAUCUCCAUCUUCAAGAAGGAGCAGAAGGCUGCCCGGACUCUCGGCAUCAUCGUGGGCACCUUCACCGUUUGCUGGCUGCCGUUCUUCUUGAUGUCCACCGCCCGGCCUUUCCUCUGCGGGAGCUGGUGCAGUUGCAUCCCGCUGUGGUUGGAGCGGACUUUGUUGUGGUUGGGCUACACCAACUCCCUCAUCAACCCCUUGAUUUACGCCUUCUUCAACCGCGACCUGAGGACUACUUUCUGGAACCUUCUGCGCUGUAAUUAUCGGAACAUUAACCGGAGACUUUCGGCGGCAAGCAUGCACGAGGCCUUAAAAGCCACCGAAAAGCACGAGGGUGUAUUUUAA